AUGUCGUCGACAGAGAAGGGAACAACUUGGCGACCUGCAAUAUUAGCCAUCAUCGAAGAUGCCGGCGGAGUAGAAGGUCAAGGGGGAGUCGUAUAUCGAAGCAAUGUAAUGAGGAGAUACGAAGUCAGUCCGAUAUUCCGACGGAUGAUGAUGGUCCUAACCUGGUUUUGGGGCAUUGGUCUCGUAUGCAUUGCCAUCAUUUCAACAGUCAUCAUAAUGACGCUACCCGAGAAUAUCGGGUUCGGAGUCGGGUGGGGAUUGCCAUAUGUUUUCGGUUUCGUUUGGGUUUGCCUCACGAUGAUAUUUGUGAAGUCGCAAUUGCGAAAGGAAAAGAGUCAUUGGGAGACGAAAGCUUCUAGUGAGGGGCAGGCGGUUGCGGAAUAUGCUUGA